AGAGUCUUAAGAUGCUCUUAUUAUUAUCAAGAUAACGGGCGGAUUCAGUCAACAAUAUCAAAGCCUAAGUAGAUCAAUUUAAACAUCAGAUAAUCGUCAUCCUGAUCAUCGUCUUGAGCAUCAUAUUCAUCAAGAAUCAUUCAAAGAAAAAGACAUUUUGUUUCUUUCCGAUUCUCAUUUCAUUCAACCAAAUUUGGCUAAAACAGCAUUUUUCACCCAAUCCAACCAUCUUAACCAUUGUUUCCCGUUUAAAAUGUUGAUUCAAAUUUUCGCCAUUUUGGCCUCUGUUUUGGCCGUAAACUGUUUCACAGCUCCAUUCUCAUUGUGUGAAGGUCGAUCCCCAUUAUCAACCAAUAUUUCAGUCGAUGUGACUCCCUGUGAACUUUCAUCCACCAACACUUCAUGCUUGUUUUCACGAGGUGACAAUACAAACUUCACCAUCUACUUCACUCCACAAGUAAAUGUAUCAACUCCAAUCGAAAGAGUAAUUAUGGCCAAGUUUGCCAAGAAGCUGAAAAACAAGUACGUUGAGGUGCCUUAUGGUGGUGGAGUCAAUGCAGACGAUAGGACCUUCUUGGUUGGUGAAGAUGGUACAUUUGAGUCAGUUGAAGGCAAAGGUUUAGUGUCGGGAAAACAGUAUUUUUUCAAUAACAUUUUCAAUAUUCUUAGCUCAUCGCCAAAGACAACCUUGUGGGCUCGCUAUUUGAUUCGUGAGGCUAAACCAUGUAAGAAAAGCAAGUGCAAUUGGCUACUUCAUCCUGGACAGUUGUUGGUUUGUGUCGAGAUUCCGGUUACAAUUGUAUAAAACAACCUGAUUGACCCAAUUAAAAGGUUAACUAAAACUGUCAUCAUUACCAGACAAUAUAACCAUUUGUUAACUCAGCCUUAAAUCAUUAAAACCAAUAAUUAUAGCAAAAAGCAUUUCCCAGUUUAACUGAUUGAUUAAAAUUUUAAAAAUUGUUUACUA